AAUUUCACUUACUUGAAAUUCACUAGAAACUCCGCUUGGAGGAACACUGGAUGAAUACAAACAUUAACUCAUCUUUAACUGAAGUAUAUCUAGUGAUGGAAUUCUGUUCUUGGAGUGAUAAUCCUGUGGAUUCUGUGCACAACAUGGACCCAAUUAAAGAGGAAAUUGAUUCAGACAGUGAUGUGCUACCAUUGUUCACAGUUGUCAACAUAAAAACUGAACCAGAAACAAUCUUGGAAGAGGACUCUGAAUUGGAAACACGUGCAGGUGCAUUUAAUGAAAACACUAGCACUGAAAGAUCCAGUAUUCUAGCAGCGAUGCGCAAAGCCAUGUCAGAAGGAGUUAUCUCAGAGACACAUCUUGGACCUAGCAGUGCUAAUGACUUGGAGUUUUGUGAAGAUACUGUAGUGCACAGAGACUCGCCGAAGGCUGAUGCAUCAAACAAAGAGCAGGAAGUAUCUCUACAAACCCUGGAAGAAUUUGCAGUUUGUCAGGAUGACUCGGUUGGUGAUAGCAGUUCAACACAAGUUGAUUUCAAUUUCCCAGCUAAACAGGAAUUUCCUGUUGAAUCUUUUCCAAAUAGUUUAACUGGGAAAUGUGAUAAGAGUUGUCAGACAGCGCGUGAAAUAGAAUAUUAUAAAUGUAAGGUAUGCAAAAAAGUAUUUCCUACGAAAAAGUAUCUGAUGUUACAUAUCCUUACACAUACUGAGAAGAAUCCAUAUAAAUGUGAUAUGUGUAGUAAAACAUUCUUGCACAGUGGGAACCUUGCAAGACAUCGGCGCUCUCAUAAAGGAGAGAAACCAUAUACGUGUGAUCUGUGUAAAACUAAUUUCUCUCGUAGGGAAACUUUGCAACGACAUUUUCGAACCCAUACGAGAGAGAAACCAUUCAAAUGUGAAAUAUGCAAUAAAGCUUUCUCGGACAGCGGUUAUCUUGUGACACAUAGGCGUACACAUACUGGUGAGAAGCCGUAUAAAUGUGAAAUGUGCAACAAGGAAUUCACACAAGGGGGGAAUCUUACUAGACAUAGAAGUACAUCUGGAGUAUGCAAAGUAUUAGGAACUAAAUUGCUUUGUUAGAUGGAUAAGAGUUAAGUUAGCCAUCAUGAACCUUGUUGUAGGAUGCUUAUUUAAUUAUUAACUGUAAUUUGUGUUCUUUUAUUAUAAGACAUAAAUUUAGAUGUAGCUGUUGUAUUAAAGAUAAUGGAGUGUAAUUGAU